AUGUGCCAAGCAAGUUUGAUCAAGUCCCCAGCUUCAAGCUGCAGCCUUCCUGGUCUCAGAACCACAACAGACCAAAUCUCGGUGAAAUCCAGACAGCAAAACAUCUGCAUCUACAGCUUCAGUGCCUUGAGCUACAAGCCAACCAAAAUUAACCAAACCCUUUGCAGCAAUUUGGAAGAAGAGUCUCUUCCUAGUCCUUUCAACUCUUCAAAGUUCUUCUUCCCUUUCUUCCCACCAUAUAAAUUUCCUUUCCCUUUCCCUCCUCUGCCUCAGCUCCCUCCACUGCCACCAUUCCCUUUCCCUCCAUUGCCCUUUCAGCCGCAGCCGCCUUCUCUGCCAUUUCCUUUCCCACCUUUGCCUCCUCUGCCUCAACUCCCUCCACUGCCAUCAUUCCCUUUCCCACCAUUCCCACCAGUGCCUUCUCUAUUUCAGCCACCUCCACCUCCUGCUUUCAAUCUAGGGGAUCCAAGAACUUGGGUUCCAAGCUUCCCUCCAUUUACACCUACUCCUGCUUCUUUCCCUCCACCGCCACCAGCUUUCAGUCUGGGGGAUCCAAGAACAUGGAUUCCAAGCUUUCCUCCAUCACCUCCUACUGCUCCACCAUAA